AUGGGCUCGGCAGAGCCAGUCACGUCGGCCAUUGCCGCCAAGGUGACGGCGCGGCUGUCGCAGCUGGGACGGACGGCCGACGGGACGCGUGUGGCGUACCUGGCCCUACAUGCGCCGUCGCUGGGUGUGACGUCGGCUAAAGUGCUGAGCGAGUACCCGCAUCUGGAAGAACUGGAUCUGCAUGACAACGCCCUGGUCGACCUCGCCCCGCUCUCGCCGCUGGCUGCCCUGCUCACUCUGGACGUGAGCGGCAACGGCCUGGCGAACCUGCUCGACUUUGCUCCGCCGGCCGGCUUGCGGGUGGUCAACUAUGCGUCCAACGCGCUGGAGCGGCUGCCGCCGACAUUGGCAGCAGACCACCCGUGCCUCACUACCCUCAUCCUCGAUCACAACGGCAUCGCCGACCUCUCGCCGCUCGCCGGCUUGCAGAGCCUGGUCUCGCUCUCAGUCCGCCACAACAAGGUCGACGAUGUGAGCGUCCUCACCGACCUGCCGGCGCUCAAGGAGCUGGCGCUCUCGGGCAACCACCUGCAGUCGCUGGUCGGCCUCGCUGCACUGCCGGCGCUCGAGAGGCUCGACGUGGCGAACAACGCCAUCACCACCCUCGACGGCUUUGAGUCCGAGCUCGAGUUCCUGUUCGAGGUCGACGCCGGUGGCAACUUUAUUAAGGACGUCGAGCAGGUGGCGCACCUGGCGCCGCUCCCACUGCUCCGCAAGGUGACUCUGGCCGGAAACCCCAUGGCUGCCGACGAGGGCUAUCGGACCCGGACCCUCUUCCUCGUCCCGCAGCUGGCCUAUCUCGACGGUGGCGAGGUAAGCGCCGAGGACAAGGUGGCCGUCGUCAACAUGUACGACCCACCGCAGCCGGUCCUCGACUACCGUAAGCACUGCCUCGAGUACGACACUAUGCUCGGCGAACACCUCUCGCUCCCGCCGCCGCUGGCUGACCCGGACCUCGAGGCGCCGGCCAUUUGGGACGGUGAGAUCCGGGUCGGCUCGCCGUCGUCGCGCGGCUCGACACCGUGAUCGCACACGCCUCACCCAACAGUCAUGCCGUGACGGCCUUGCGCGGCUGUGCAGCUGCCCCGUGCUUGGCGCGGAACUCGACGACAGAGUACACGACGGCGCCGACCAUCGACACGUUGUGGCCGACAAAGUUGAGCGGAGUAAAGACGUAGUCGGCGAG